UUCCCCUUCUUUCUUCUUCUCACUCUCUGCUAGAGUUUCCCGAUUCUGGAGAGAGAAAGACUCAGCCCAUUCCUUAUCUUGCCCUCCCACUAAGACCCCAACCCACAAAUACACCAAGGCCAAAUUAGUAAUUUCGAGAUGGCGGUGAAAAACAAGAAAUUCGGGGUCCUGCUGUGCGCAGACGACACGGAGUACGUGAAGAAGGUGUACGGGGGGUACUUUGGGGUUUUCACGAGAAUGCUGGAGGAGGAAGGGGAGACGUGGGAACUAUUCAGGGUGACAAGUGGCGAGUUCCCGGACGACGAUGAGCUCGAGACUUACGAUGGGUUCGUUGUGACCGGCAGCAGGAAAGACGCCCAUGGAACCGACGCCUGGAUCUGCAGGCUUUUGGCUUUUCUAAAGAAGCUUGAUUCCUUGAAGAAGAAGGUUCUCGGCAUUUGCUUCGGACACCAGAUAUUAAGCCGGGCAUUGGGAGGGAAAUCAGGCCGUUCAAUCACAGGGUGGGAUAUAGGAAUCAGAACCGUCCACUUUUCAUCGUCAUCAAAGUUCUUCUCAUGGCUCAAAAUGCCAAACCUACUCUGCAUCUAUGAAAUUCACCGAGAUGAGGUGUGGGAGCUUCCGCCAAAGGCCGAGGUAAUUGCAUGGUCUGAUAAGACUGGAGUGGAGAUGUUUGGAUAUGGUGACCACAUUUUGGGCAUCCAAGGUCACCCUGAAUACACCAAGGACAUACUUCUUAACCUCAUUGAUCGUCUAGUCAAGCUCGAUCACAUCGAGGACUCCGAAUCCGAGGAGUUGAAAGCCAAGGUGGAGGCGGCACGCGAGCCCGAUAGGGAGGCAUGGAAGAGGUUGUGCAUUAGCUUUCUCAAGGGUGGAUUAUGAUGGUGAAUGUUCAAUUUCUAGAAGGAAACCCUGGAAAUGGAGAAGUGGGGGAAAAGAAAAAUAAUGGAUAUAUAAGCUGGUGUUUUGUUAUUAUAAAAAAAAAUAAAAAAAAAACUGGUAAGUUAAGGUUCUGAAGUAGUGUGUGUUAGGCAGUAAGCCAUAAUGGAAUUGUGAGUGCUUAAAUA